ACCAAACCAGUUGCUGUCGAAUUGGUUCUAACUCAUAGAGACCCUACAGUAAAACUGCCCCAUAGGGUUUCCAAGGAGCGGCUGGUGGUUUUGAACUGCUGACCUUUUGAUUAGCAGCUGUAGCUCUUAACCACUGUGCCACCAGGGCUCCGGUAAACCAAAAAACUAAACGCACUGCCACUGAGUCAAUCCCGACUCAUAGCGACCCUACAGAACAGAGUAGAAAUGCACCAUAGGGUUUCCAAGGAGCACCUCUUGGAUUUGAACCACCAACCCUUUGGGUAGCAGCCGUACCCCUUAACCACUAUGCCACUAAGGUUUCCAGGGCCCUGGUAGAGCUCAGCUAUUCUCACAGGGAGAUGACAGACAGAGUGGAACUUACCUAAGCCACACAGCUAGUCAGUGACAGAGGGGUUACUGAAAUCUAAGCCUUCUUCCAACGGAGAGAACAAGUUCUUAGACUCAUGCAGAUAUAGAUACCAAAAGGGACUGAGGCUCUCUAUGGCACGCAGGCAUCAAGGUGAACCAAUUCAGUAAGAAAAUAAUUAAUAAUUUUCAAAGUACCAAAUCCCAAAAUAAAGGAAAAGCUAUGCCUGGAUAGAGUGAACGGAUGAGGGAAGGAGAAAUUAAGAGAAGAAGAAUAUGACUAAGGUGGGAGGGAAAGAGCUGGAGAGGCUCCAGUGACAAUGUGCGCUUUUCUGGGAGGAACGCUAAGGUCGGCGAUCUGGAGUGGGGCUUGGGGCCCAGAUUGGUGGAGAUCCGGGGUGUGGCCUGACCCCAGGUCCUCCCUGUCCCAUCCGGCCAAUGCCAGUGCCCAAAGGGCCUCAAUGUCCUGAGACCCUUUCUGGGAGCCCCUAAGGCUGGCACCGGGUGGGUCCUCUGGGCUUUCUGCUCUUUCCCAGGAGGCCAGCCCCAGUCCCCUGCCCCUCCAUGCGGGGCUCCAGCUGUCCCCGUCCCUCUCCCGGCACAAGCAGCAGCUUCACAGACGCGCCACUAGAGCUCCGGAGCAGGCCAGGAGGUGGGUGUGCCUGCGUGAAUCAGAGCUGGCCGAGUCUGCGAACACACCACCCACUCAGCCCCGAGGGGUCGGGGCCCUCCCGAACUGACGGACCGAGUCUGAGACGGCUCCUCUCUGGACAGCGAGGAGGAAAUCCUAGCUCAAUCGCCUUUUCGCAGUGUGAACCCUGGCGGGCGCGCACCGCCCUCCCGGGCUCAGUAUCCCCACCCAUCAAGUGGAGAGAGGGAGCUUAUGAGGAUCUUAGUGAGCCCGCCUUUUCCAGCCCGUGAGACCCUGAUCCUGACAUGGGAAUCGCCACCGCCCACCCUACUCAGUGGGCCUGCAGCCCGUGGAACAGUGAGGAGCUAGAAAGCGCCGCUGCACUUUUUCGUCUUGAAGCCGAGCUGGGGCCGUGCCGAGUGAGGGAGCGACGGAGCGCUUCUUCCGUUGAGCACCCAGCCCAUCUAUGCUUCCUCCUAGGCUGGGGCAGAGCCACCAGCCCCAUCCUGCGGCCGGAGAAGGCUCAGGGAGCCCGCCAGAGUGGAUUUCACAGACUCGCCAACAAACGACGAAACAUGAACGACGACGACAAAUAUUUAUGAAGGGAGCAACCAAGAACGCCAGCGCUGGAAAAACGAAUUAUUAGUAAAACAAUGGCAGCCGCUGACGUUUUCUGAACGUUUAAUGGAGCCAAGCGCUGUGCUUAUCACUUUGUAGCCAUUUCCUCAUUUAAACUCUUGAAAAAUAAAAAAAACUGUCUGGAAAGAAUGAAAGGAUGAGGGAAGGAGAUGAUGAGAAGGUGAUGGGGGGAGGGGAGGAACCUGAAGCAGGUGCUAUUAUUAUUCCCAUCUCACAGAUGGAGAAACUGAGGCUUAGAGUUUGAGUAGCUUGUCCACGUCCACUUUUGAUGGAAAGAGCUUGCUAACCCUAGCCCCCAACAUUUUACAACUAGAGACUUGGAAACGUGGAGAAAAUGGCCCAGGUUCCAAUGAACCUGGCAGUCAGAGCUUUAGAGGCCCUCCCAGCCUCAGCACAUAGCUAACUCCUGCAUCCCUGCUCCAGGAAGUGGCCGUCACCUCUCCCUUUAUUUUAAAGAAUGAGAUAUGAUGCCCAUGGUCACAAAAGUCAGAAGCCAAAGACCACAGCUUUUCUUCUCUGAUGCUCAGGACACUUGAUGGAAAAGGGUACUUCCAGGUCUCAGGACUAGAGUACGGAAAGUUGAGUAGUUAGCUUCCUAUAAGAGUGGGAAGAGUACUAAGUUACAGAAGGCUUGGGUUCCAGCCCCUGCUUUACUUCCAACUGGCUGUGUGAUCUUGGGCAAGUUCCUUCUCUUCUCUGGGCCUCAGUUUUCCUCCUGUAAAAUGGGAGACUUUUUCUAGAUAAUCUGAAAACCUUUUCACUUGCCCUACCUAUCCUUUACUCCCCCCCUGCCCCGCCACUAUCCUUCACUUCACCCAAACUGGCUCUGACAUUCCAGAAGCCUUAAACUCAGUUUUGAAAAUCCAUAGUGGGAGUUGCAGGCAUCCCUGAAUUUCCCCCGAGCUCUAGGCCCUGGGCUCUAGGUCCUGGUCAGGUAUGUAUCUAGCUGAGGCUUGUCAGAGGGAAGAAAGGCCCUGGGCCUCUGAGAAAGGCCUCAGUGGGGCCUGCAUUGUGAUGACCUCAUCUACUUUAUGACAUCAUCCUCUUUCUCAUCUCCACUCCUCCCUGGUCAACUGCUCUGCAAAUAACCAUCAAUCUGAAUCCCAAAGGCCUGAGAAAGUCUGUUCUCCAGUACCUGAUGCUGAGCUUCUGCCUCAGCCAGCAAGAAGCACCAUGAAGUUAGAAUUCACUGAGAAAAACUACAACAGCUUUGUGCUGCAGAACCUGAACAAACAGAGGAAACGCAAGGAGUACUGGGACAUGGCCCUGACUGUGGACCACCACGUCUUCUUUGCACAUCGCAACGUGCUGGCUGCUGUCUCUCCACUGGUGAAGAGCCUGAUCUCCAGUAACGAUAUGAAGACCACUGAUGAGCUGUUUAUCACCAUUGACCCCAACUACCUGAGCCCAGCCACAGUGGACCAGCUCCUGGACUACUUCUACAGUGGCAAAGUAGUGAUCUCAGAGCAGAACGUGGAGGAGCUGCUUCGUGGGGCCCAGUAUUUCAACACACCACGCCUUCGCAUCCACUGCAAUGACUUCCUGAUUAAGUCCAUCCGCCGUGCGAACUGCUUGCGCUACCUCUUCUUGGCCGAGCUGUUUGAGCUCAAGGAGGUAUCAGACUUGGCCUACUCUGGCAUUCGCGACAAUUUCCACUACUGGGCCAGUCCUGAGGGCUCCGUGCACUUCAUGCGUUGCCCACCUGUCAUCUUUGGCCGCCUGCUCCGUGAUGAAAACCUGCAUGUGCUUAAUGAAGACCAGGCUCUCAGCUCACUCAUUAAUUGGGUGUACUUCCGGAAGGAUGAGCGGGAGAAGUAUUUCAAGAAAUUCUUCAAUUACAUCAAUCUCAAUGCUGUCUCCAACAAGACAUUGAUGUUUGCCAGCAACAAGCUGAUGGGCUUGGAGAACAGCUCAGCCCAUGCAACCCUGAUUGAGAGUGUCCUGAUGGACCGUAAGCAGGAGCGGCCGUGCAGCCUGCUAAGCUACCAGCGGAAAGGGGCUCUGCUUGAUUCGGUGGUCAUUCUAGGUGGCCAAAAGGCCCAUGGCAAGUUUAACGAUGGUGUGUUUGCCUAUAUCAUCCAGGAGAACCUAUGGUUGAAGCUGUCAGACAUGCCCUAUCGGGCAGCUGCCCUCAGUGCCACCUCUGCUGGUCGCUACAUCUACAUCUCUGGUGGCACUACUGAGCAGAUUUCAGGGCUGAAGACAGCUUGGCGGUAUGACAUGGAUGACAACUCCUGGACCAAGCUGCCUGACCUGCCCAUUGGGCUUGUCUUCCACACCAUGGUGACCUGUGGGGGAACAGUGUACUCAGUGGGUGGGAGUAUCGCCCCAAGGAGGUAUGUCUCCAACAUCUAUCGCUACGAUGAGCGCAAGGAGGCCUGGUGCCUGGCAGGGAAGAUGAGCAUCCCUAUGGAUGGCACAGCCGUGAUCACCAAGGGCGACCGGAACCUGUACAUUGUCACUGGGCGGUGCUUGGUGAAGGGCUACAUCUCACGGGUUGGGGUAGUGGACUGCUUUGAUACCAACACUGGGGACGUGGUUCAGUGUAUCACCUUCCCCAUUGAGUUCAACCACCGGCCUCUGCUCUCUUUCCAUCAGGACAACAUCCUUUGUGUGCACAGUCACCGGCAGAGCGUGGAAAUCAACCUGCAGAAGAUAAAGGCCAACAAGACAACCACCACAGUGCCUCUCUUGCCCAACAACUGUCCCUUGGAUGUGUCCCAUGCUAUAUGCUCCAUUGGAGACAGCAAAGUGUUUGUAUGUGGAGGUGUCACCACAGCUAGUGAUGUCCAGACAAAGGACUACACCAUCAACCCCAACGCCUACUUGCUGGACCAAAAGACAGGCGAGUGGAAGACGCUGGCCCCCCCACCAGAGGCACUUGACUGCCCUGCCUGCUGUAUAGCCAAGCUACCUUGCAAGAUUCUUCAAAGGAUUUAAACAGCUUUUUAAGUGGGAGAAUAAGUAAAUACAUUAUUAUUCACAAUUUAACGAGACAGAUAAAGAGGAAGAUGGCCUGUUGGUUUCUUCUUAGUGUCCCAGUCUAUGUUUGGCCCUGAAGGGCACGUUGAAGAUGCUGGGCUAGGGCUGCUCCCAGCGGGUGGAAAUUCAGGGCUACUAGAGUCACUAGAAAUACCCAAGAAGAGGCUAGGAUGCAGUCCUGGGUGGGUGGUAUUGAGGUAUCUCUGGGGCACUGACCAAAGUGAUGUCUGGAAAGCCCCCUAUUCUGUACCCCUGUCAUCACCUCUCAGGCAUCUGCUAGGCUGGCAGGCAAAACAUUUGCUUAGAGUUGUGAAGCCUCAGACUCCUCCAACACUCACUUCUCUCUAGUUUUCCCAGGAAGGCAGGGGAGGGCAGACCCAGGUCACGGGCUGAGGAGGGAGAAAGUGGUAUGGGCAAGGCUCAGGGAUGGGGACAGAGGAAAUAGGGGAGAUAGGGUUACUUGGAGGUUGUAUUUGACCAUGUAUCUAUUGUAUGCACAUUUCUCAUUUGCAGAGAAAACUUAAAAUUGUUUUCAGUAGGCAAGGUUCAUUGAGAACUUUCUCUAAGAAUAUGAAGUCUGAGGGAUUGGGCAUGAAAGACAGAUCAAUAAUGGGGGGUGGGGAAGAAACCUUAUCUCCAUUUGAGAGAAGCUUGGGGAUGAGGCAGCACAAAAAGAUGAGUGAGACAGAAUGGUGUAAUAGUUAGGGGCAUAGACUUUGAGGCCAGACGGCCUGGUUUGAAUCCUAGUUCUGUCACUUAUUGGGUGAUCCUGGGAAAGUUACUCAACAUUUCCGUGCCUUUAGUUUCUUUAUCUGCAAAAAGGGGAUAAUUACAGCGCCUACUUCAUGGGGUGGUUGUGAAGUUUAAAUGAGUUAAUAAUGCAAAAUGCCUAGGAUAGUUCCUGGCAUAUAUUAAAGUGCUACAGAAGUACUUUUAAAAGAGGAAAACAGGGUAGGACUAAGAACAAAUACUUGGGUAUUUACAGUAAGGCCCCUUAAAAUGCUUUUUGAGAUUCCCUGCCUCAAAGCUUCCUUCAAUUCUAACUACCUCUGUUUCCCUUUCAUUCAUUUGUAUAUUUACAUGUAAUUCUCAACAACUUAGAAGAAAUUGACCAACUCCUUGAAAACCACAUAUAAUCCUCAUCAAUCCAUUCACUCAUUCAUUCAUGAAUUUACUUAUUCAUCUUCUUGUUCAUUAAUUCUCUCUCUCACCCACACACACAUACACACACACCAUUCACUGAGGACUUUCUGUGCCAAUCUAUAUCCCAGAAGGGAGUAUAUACCAGUGCUGUCCAAGAGAAAUAGCCAGUCAUAUAUAUAAUUUAUUCUAGUAGCCACAUUAAAAAGUAAACAGGUGAAAUUAAUUUUAACAAUAUAUUUUAUUUAACCCAAUAUACACAAAAUAUCAUUUCAACAUGUAGUCAACAUAAAAAUUAUUAAUGAGAUAUUUAACAUUCUUUUUUUUCAUACUGUCUUCAGAAAUUUGGUACGUAUCUUACCCUUACAGCACAGCCCAAUUUGAACUAGUCCCAUAUAUAUAACUAUGUGAGGUCAGUGGCAACUGUAUUGGACAUGCAGCAUACUUAGACAUCCCCACAGUUCAAAUCUGUUCCAUCUCCUUCUCUUUCU